UAAACAGAAUGCAUGAAGACUGACUUGAGUGCACUUCAUUAUUGUGGAUGAAAAGUGCUAAAGUUUUGGCACCCGUCUGUACUUGGCUUUUAAUACGAGUCUGCACCGCUGAUCGGGAUGAGACUUGGCUUUGGGUCUGUGGUUCUGGGAGCUGGACUCAGCGCGAUCCUCAGCUUCAGCUUUCUGGCGCUCGCCAUCGGAACAGAGUACUGGUACAUUAUAGAGGAUAACCGGGCGAAUCACACCGACCCACAGCAUGUGCACUCUGGACUUUGGGGAGUGGAAAUUGAUGAUCAGCCCUUUACAGCAGACCCGCCAAUGUUUUCAGAAACAGAAAGGCACAUGAAGAAUAUGCAUGAUGUGAUUGCUGUCCUGCUGCCUCUCAGUCUGGUGCUCUUAGUGUUUGGAGGAAUAUGUGCCAUGGCCAGCUCAAUGGCCCGGAGUAGACUCCUCCUCAUGGGAACAGCAUCCUAUUUUCUUCUUUGCAGUGUUCUCACACUCUCUGGUAUAAGUCUGUACAUCAGUUACUCCCAAAAAGCUUUGGAGGAAGCAAAGUUGAGGAUUGGGUUAGAGCAGAUGGCACAUAUUCACACAUCUUUCGGCUGGUCAAUGGGCUUUGCCUGGAUUUCCUUCAUCCUGGAAGUGAUAACUGGUCUUCUCCUGCUGCUUGCUGGCCGGAUAGUCCAAUUAGCCCAGUACCAGGAGACAGUGGCCCCCAUAUAAAAUUCACAUCUCUAGUGCAAACCGUCAGCAUUUUAAGUGAACAAGUCCAGAUCUGAAUCCCAUCAAGAGCUGGUGUCACUGUUUGAAAUCUGCAGUCAACCAACAAUAUCCAACAUUCCUGAAGGACAUGGAGCAAGAAAAAAAUGGGCAAAAUUAACAGUGGGCAAAGCUGGAAGGACUGGAGUCCAACUGACAAAAAGCAGUUUUUAAAGCAUAAACUGGGUUUAUCAGGGACUAGGCUGAAAAAGACUGAAUAAGUUAAAAAAUUACUUUAAACGCAAAUUGGUUUGUAAAGGAAAAUAUUGGCUAGAACACUGUGUGUAUUCUGUAAUCCAUUUUAAUGACUAUAAGAGGUUUGGAACUUGUGUAAGGCACUGUGCAGUGCAUUCAAAAUCCUAUAGAAUUCCAACAUUAAUAACACACAAUUUUUAUAAUUUGAAUGGAGCACCCAGAAAAUCAGCUUUUGCAUAUCCCAUCUCUGAAUAUGUGCAAAUUCCCAAGUGAAAAUAGUAUUUUUGACUUAAGUCACCAUUCAAAUUAUGACCCACAACAGCAGUCUAGCAUUAGACACACCGUGACUGGCAUUUCCUAUUAAUUAGAUAUGAAUAUGCAUUAACAUGAGGAUGAUAAAAACUAUCAAACAUUAUUAAGCAAAAGACUUCUGUGUGCUGUUUAGCUGUACAGGGAAAUCUAAAUUCUGUCUUGAAUAUUUUAAGGAUAUUGCUAGAGAAGUAUGGACAGAGCACACAAAUUAUUAACUAUACAAUGAUUACAUUUUGCUGUAUUAUAACUACGAGGGAAACAAUUUGAUCAUAUCCUUAUGCAUACACAAAUAAUGGUCUGAGCCUAUGUAUCUCUUAUACCACAGUGCAUGGCCAACAUUAACAAUUUUAAUGUCCUGUAACCAUUUACAGGAACAUGUAAUAUUCUAGGUCAUCCACAGGACAAGUUCAUUCCUAAUCCAUUUAAUGUAUAGUUGUUUUAAACAUUCAUUAUAUUAGUA